CAUGAUGCCCCGCGGCAGCUGUCAUGGCUGCGCACUGAUGGCACUUUGUGGCACAUGUUGAAGAAGCACAACACAACCAGGAAGCUGUGGAUGAAACCGGUGCUGAGACACAGCAGAGAAGUUACUGAGGAAAUCUGAGAUUGGGUUCGGUUCGGUUCAAUUCAGGUUCGGGUUUGGGUUUCAGGAGGUUCAGGUGUUUGUUCCUGGAGCCGGAAGAGAAAUGGAGCGGAGUGUGGAGAUCGAGGCUGCGGUGCUGAGAGGAUUCCUGACCGAGAGAGAGAAAUCCGAGUGGGGACAGAGCUUCUUCAACACCGCAGACGGAGGUCCACUGCUAAAGUCGGUGUUUGAGGGGGAUUUCGAGGCUGUGUUGCUCAGCGGCCCCGUGUUAGAGAUGCUCUCUGGAGAGCCGGAGCAGGACGAGAACAUUGAAUUGUAUCUGCAGAGAUGCAUCAUCACCUACCUGAGCAGCAACGAUGAAGAAACCAGGAAGGACCGGGAGUUAGCUAUGUUAGCGUUAGCAGUUUCAUGCCUGCAUCUGUUUGUCCAGUCUAAUUGGACCGGUCCACCUUUUGUCCUCCACGUCUCCGACUUCCUCCCUGCGGCUCUGCUGGACAAACAUAAAGAGGCUGGUGCUGUGACGUCUGUUCUGCUCUCCAGUCUGGUAUUAGAUGGUGAGAGUGUAUACAGUUUGCUCUCUAACCCUUUCCUCCUGCUGGUGGCUCAAGUGCUGCUGGUCUCCUGUGCUGAGAAGAUGGACAACCUGCAGCUGCUCCCCUGGUGGACACUGAGGUAUGUGGCACUGCAUCAGCAAGUCCUGGAGGAAAAAUCACCCCAACUCUACAGUCUGGCAAAGAGCAGUGUGGAGAAAGUGUGUAAGCUGGAGGAGCUUCUGAGCGGGAAGACACGCAGAACCCUGGCCAUGAUGUUCCACCUGGAGUGCAGCUACACAUUUCUGAGCUACUAUGAGUACCGCAGAGCUAAGGAACAUCUACAGAAAGCUCAGGACCUCUCAGGACUCCACAUCAACAUGACAGGUGCUCUUGGGAAGAGAACUCGAUUUCAGCAGAAUUUUCUCGCUCAGCUCAUUCUGGAUGUUAGAAGGAAAGACGAGUCCUUCAUCCCUGACAGCGAGUUUUCUCUACCACCGACCCCCACAAGCCUCCUGCCUAAAGACCAUCAGCUGAAUGAUGAUACAGUACUGAACCAGAUAAAUCUGGCUGCGCCGUCAGAUCACCAACUCCCCGAGCUCAGUGCUGAAGAGCAGGCGCUCAUCCUGGGGGUGUGCACCGACUUCCAGAAGAACAAUCCGGUCCACAAGCUGAACGAUGAGGAGCUCCUGGCCUUCACCACGUGUGUUUUGUCUCAGCCGAAGUUCUGGGUUGUGGAAGUGACGGCACUUUGCCUGAGGAGUAAAAUGGAAAGGUCGAGUUCACGCAGAGUGGAGCGCAUGAUGCAAACUCAGACGCUGGUUGAUUUCUUCCUUGAGAAGACGUGUCCAGUGUCCGAGCGACUGAAAAUCUUCUACAGCUGCCGAGCUCCUCCACACUGGGAUCUGCAGAGGCAGUUAGCAAGUUUGCUAACCGAUCUUGGGCUAACUAGCUCUGCUUUGCUGAUUUAUGAGAAACUGGAACUCUGGGAAGACGCGGUCAUCUGUCUGGAGCGAAUGGGCAAGCAUGGCAAGGCGGAGGAAAUUUUGAGACGAGAGCUGGAGAAGAAGGAAACUCCGUCUCUUUAUUGUCUCCUGGGCGAUGUGUUGAAGGAUCCGCAGUAUUAUGACCGAGCCUGGAAGCUCUCGAACCAGCGCAGCGCUCGAGCCCAGAGAUCCCGAGCUCUUUAUCACCUCCGGAAUAAAGAGUUCCAGGAGUGUGUGGAGUGUUUCGAACGGUCGCUGGGUAUCAAUCCCAUGCAGUUGGGUGUGUGGUUCUCAUUAGGUUGUGCGUAUUUUGCACUGGAAGGUUAUGAAGGAGCUGCUAAAGCCUUCCAGAGAUGUGUGGGACUGGAGCCUGAUAACUCUGAGGCCUGGAACAACCUCUCUACUGCCUACAUCAAACUGAGGAAGAAAGAGAAGGCUUUCCGCACGCUGCAGGAGGCUCUGAAGUGUAACUAUGAGCGCUGGCAGAUCUGGGAGAACUUCAUCGUUGUGUGUAUGGAUGUGGGCGAGUUUGCUGAAGCCAUUCGAGCGUAUCAUCGUCUCCUGGACCUGAAGGACAAGUACAAGGACGUGGAGGUUCUGGAGAUUCUUGUCAGGGCGGUGGUUGACGAUCUCCCUGAUCUCCGUGGCGACCGGGCGUCCAAUCACAGAGCAAAGCUGCAGGAGCUGUUCGGCCGAGUCUCUGCCAGCUGCAGCACAGAUGCCCAAAUAUGGAAGCAGUACGCCCGUCUCUAUGGCAACGGCCGUAGCGACAGCAAAGAGGACAACGAGAAGGCCCUACACUUUCUGUCUAAAGCCCAUCGCUGUGAGACGCAGAGAUCCGGCUGGGAAAAAGACACAAGCAGCUUUAAAGACGUAAUAAAGGGAGCUGUAGACAUGUCCACUGCGUCUCUCCACUGUAGCAGGGAGAAGUCAAAUCCUCAGGAGGCUCUGCAGUUGCUCUCCUCAGCUCGGCUCAGUCUGAAGAGCUUAGCGGCUAAAGCUAAACAAAUCUACACCGAUGUUACGAGCGGAGAACUUCACCCCGAGCUCCAAAGCGAAGUAGCACACCUGGAGCGGCUCAUCAGCGAGAUCCAGGACCUCAGUGUCGAACUGCGCAGCCAAUCAGAAUGAGUUCCUUUUACAAAGCCCCGCCCUCCUUCCCACCUUCUGCAUAUACAGAGCCUUAUAUGGUGUUGCACUGUGUAGGCUAAAGUGUGCUAAUAAACACAUGCUAGUCAUCAAUAAAACACUUUUACAGAC